UCUCGUCACCCCGAGUUCAUACAAAAUAAUUUAAAAGGAAAAAAAAAAAAAAACGAAAGCCCUUUGCUUUGAUUGAAUAAUAAUCUGUAGCCGUCCGGCGUAUUCCACAAAUCACCGGCCAAAAAGACCAAUUUGGGGGAAAAGAGCGAUGAAGGGACUAACCCUUUCCCCAGCUAACCAUUGCUUUUCUAAUCACCCCGGCAAAAACCCAACAGAACAACAAACAUUACAAAAAUGCUCCAUCCCGAUUCAAUCCAUCAACAAAAAUCGUCGACAAUCCCUAAUUCUCCCUUCGCUCGCCGUUAAAUCCUCCCAAAACCCUCAUCAAUCGCCGGCGUCCCAGCACCACGAUUCGCCGCCCCUGGUGGUGGUCGGCUCCGCCAACGCCGACAUCUACGUCGAAAUCGACAGGCUGCCCAAGGAAGGAGAGACGAUCUCGGCCAGCAACGGCCAGACGCUCGCCGGGGGGAAGGGCGCCAACCAGGCUGCCUGCGGCGGCAAGCUUUCCUACCCGACGUACUUCGUGGGUCAGGUUGGGGAGGAUGCUCACGGGAAUUUGAUCGCUGAAGCGCUCAGAAAUGGCGGGGUGCGUCUCGAUCAUUUGAGGAACGUUGGAGAUGGUGUGCCGACUGGGCAUGCCGUGGUGAUGCUGCAGUCUGGUGGGCAGAACUCCAUUAUCAUUGUUGGUGGGGCUAACAUGAGCUGCUGGCCUGAGAAGCUGGGGGAUCAGGAUUUGGAGAUUGUGAAGAGUGCAGGGAUUGUUUUGCUUCAGAGAGAGAUUCCUGAUUCUGUGAACAUCCAAGUUGCUCAGGCAGCAAAAGAUGCUGGUGUUUCCGUAAUUUUGGACGCCGGUGGAAUGGAUACGCCUAUACCAACUGAAUUGCUCAAGUCCGUGGACAUCUUUAGCCCGAAUGAAACUGAACUUGCUCGAAUCACUGGGAUGCCGACUGAAAGCUUCGAGCAAAUUGAAGAGGCUGUCAAGAAGUGUCACAAAAUGGGAGUCAAACAGGUGCUAAUGAAGCUUGGUUCCAAAGGGUCUGCCUUAUUUGUAGAAGGAGAAAAGCCGAUGAAGCAGCCUAUCAUACCAGCAGCAAGAGUUCUGGACACUACUGGAGCUGGAGAUACUUUUACUGCUUCCUUUGCAGUUGCACUUGUAGAAGGGAAGUCGAAAGAAGAAUGCCUGAAAUUUGCUGCUGCAGCAGCUUCCCUUUGUGUUCAAGUCAAGGGAGCCAUCCCCAGUAUGCCUGAUCGGGUGUCAGUUAGCAAUCUUCUUCGAACUGCCCAAGUUUCUUGAAGAACAGGUAAAGGCUAUAGAUGUUCUCUAGCUUCAGAAAGGCUCGAAAAGAAAAUUUUAGUAAUCUGAAAGGCCAGAGGAUAGGAAGAUGUUCCAUUCAAGAUCCGAGUGUCAAACAACUGUUGCAUAUAGAAAGCUAAAUGCUUCUUCUGUGUCUCAUCAGUUUAUGAAUAUAGCUAAGAGACUACUUUUCCAGUUAUAGAACCCUCUUACAGCAGCAUUUACACAUAUUCAUCAAUCAAAAUGACAUUAUUCGAUCUCAAACGUCUCUAGCAGAAGCUUCAUUUCUCCAUGGGCUUUAGCUUCAGUGCAGCGCUGUAAAAGAUCAUGCUCAAUGGUUCAGGAAACAGAAUCUACAGAGCUCAACGGAGGAACCGUAUAUUCUGCAUUUCUUUACCUGUUUAUGCAGUAGCGUUUGCCAGUAGGUGGCGGGCCAUCAUCAAACACAUGCCCAAGAUGAGCAUCACAGACAGCACACAGGUUUUCUGUCCUGGGCAUGAAGAUGAUCGACAAGUCCAUCUUCGACUUCACGUUGUUCCCUAUUGGCUGGUAGUAAGACGGCCACCCAGUUCCACUGUCGAACUUGGUCGAUGAUUCGAAGAGCGGUGUGUCGCAGCAUAUGCAGUGGUAUGUUCCAGGGGUUUUUGUGUUGUAGUACUCCC